AUGGAUGAGAAAGGAACUUCCGAAGGCCAAGAUCCCUCUGCCUUUUUAAGCGGGAUCACUGGGGCUUCAGUAACCGUGAAAUUGAAUUCAGGCGUUGUCUAUAAAGACGGGUAUAUGAAUAUUGCCCUGGAAAAGACGCAAGAAUAUAUCGAUGGGAAGCUAAGGAACUCCUAUGGCGAUGUAUUUGUUCGGGGAAAUAAUGCCACUUUAUACAACGAUCGCGGCGCGAGAUACUUUGCGCUCGUUUACGCUCCACCCUCUCUUUUAGCGUAUUCGUCCUCCAUCCUCUCUUGGUACAAACGAUCGGCUUCCUCCCUGCUCAGUUGCCCCUCUGUCCCUGUACCGUGCUCAGACAUGCCAGUUGCGGAUGAAGCGAUAGACUGCGACGACGAUUGGGACUCUGAUGAUGAGGAGCUGCGCGACGAUGGUUGCUGA